CAGCUAACCCCAUACCCAAGGUAGCGGCUCUUCGACAUGAAGCCUCCUCAGACAGCAGCUUUAUUUAUUUGCUUCCUGUGUUAGGACUCAUUUCCUUCUCUAUAUCCGCGAUUAUGUCUGAUUUCAAGAACUUCAGUCGCAUGUUCCGCCUCGAUGGCAAGGUAGCUCUGGUUACUGGCAGCUCGAGAGGGCUCGGUCUUCACGCUGCCACAGCCUUUCUCCUCGCCGGCGCAAAGACAGUCAUUAUCUCCGCGCGGAAAGCAGAGGGCGAGCAAGGCAUCAACCAAGCCGUCGACAGGCUCAACAAGCUCCCAGGAAUCACUGGGAAGGCCAUUGGCAUUGCCGCGAAUGUGGCAGACACGGAGGACAUCGAGAGGCUCGUGAAGGAAAUCCAGAAGCAUGAGGAGAAGCUGGACAUUCUAGUCGCGAAUGCGGGCGCAACGUGGGGCGGUCCUUUCGAUCCAACACCAGACUGGUCGUCGAAGAAAGUGCUUGAUCUCAAUGUCCGGGGUGUGUUCAACCUGGCGCGGCUCUUCGCGCCGAUGCUCGAGAAAGCUGGCACUCGCACGGACCCCUCUCGCAUCAUCAUCGUCAGUUCGACUGCGGGCGUGACGGUACCACACGUUGGAGACCAUGGCACCAUCAUGUACUCAGUCUCUAAAGCCGCUGCACAUCACUUGACGAGGCAACUGGCUAUUGAGUUGGGCCCAAGAAAUAUCACAUCCAACACCGUUGGACCAGGAUUUUUCCCAUCAAAGCUGGCAAACGGCUUAAUCGAAAUUCUGGGUGGUGAGCAGGAGUUGAAAGAUGCCAAUCCUCGCAAGAGGCUGGGAGAGCCAGAGGAUAUAGCUGGCGUUAUGGUCUUCCUUUGCUCUCCCGCAGGCAACUAUAUCAACGGUGAGGAUAUCCACGUUGACGGUGGCAUGCGGUUUGCCGCAGGACGGCAGACAAAAUUGUAAUUGUUAUAUAGUAUGGCAGGAGUUAUUGGGGGUUUGAUCAUUUCUUCUCUUACCAAAUACGUAGUGUGCAUUAAGUAGCAUGUUGCCCAAGAAUCUUUCAGACAUUGCCCG